AUGUCGACCAACGAAUCGACGGGCAAUGGCCUGCGCGCCAGAUUGGAACCCAUCUUGCCAAAAGGCCGCCCAUUCGGGAUCCUUCACCUCUCUACGCCGCCUACCAAGUGUGCUGCCCUGUACUCAGCGCCGCCCAACCAGCGACCCGACCGGACGUUUUGCGAGAGCCAUUUUCUGGCCGUUUCGAUCAAAAUUCCCGACGAUGUGGGAGCUGUCUCUGGAGGUGAAAAAGAAAAGAAUGUUCUCGUUUUCGGCGUGGAAAUUCUUCUGUACUCGACGAUGCAUACUACGACACUGUUCGUCUCCAAGGCGGAUUCGACAGGAUACCUGAGCCUGCUUAAGCUGCCCAAGGGCUCACCGAGCCCUAUACGCGAGGUUUGUGGCGCGUUCAUCUCACAUUUGGUCGAAACCCGACGGCGCACGGGCAAGCAAUUCAUUGUCAGCCUGUUUGCGCGGGCGCAAUCGCAGUAUCUCUUCCCUGGGAGCGUCCACAACAGCGGAAAGCACGUACUGGACGACCGCGGCCUAGUUAAGUGGUGGUGUCGCGUCCUCAGUCCGCUGCUCGAGACGCCGCCCAGGGGCAGCUUGCCUCCUUGGGGCAGCGUGAGGGGAUAUCUCGUGGUGCCGGGUCUGGAAGAAUACGAGACGAGAGCGUUUCUGCCGCGCGCGCUGCUACCCUUGUGGUCGCUCACACACCCGCUAGAGAGGAUAUCACACUAUACGAAGGAGCUUGACUGGGUGCCGCCGCGGUGUCUGAUACCCCGCUACCCCGACGAUCCGAAAUCGAGAUUCCGAGACGAGCUUGACGAAGAGGCCGCGCAGUCGGGCGGCAUGCGCAAGGUGGGCGCGUGGCAGAGCGUCAAGUCGCUGGACGUGUUUUGGGAUAUGAUGGCGUUUCGGCAGGAGUGCUCCAGCGGCCGCCUGACGGGCUUCAUCUGGGUCGUAUUUGAUGACGUGCCGCAAGACAAUGGCAUGCCGCCCGCCGCCGCCGCCGCCGUGUCCACCCCCGACACCACGCCGGGUAAGGUCUCGGGCGCGUCUGACAAGCCACACAAAAACGCCGCCGUUGAGAAGCGCGCCAUGGACCGAAAGAAGAAGAAAAGGAAGCUGCGCGGCGUAAUCGUUACGCGCCCGCCGCGCGUCAAGACGGAGCAAAGGAACCGCCUGCUGGAGCGGUGCUCGACGGCGACACCGCACUAUGUGUGGCCGACGAGCGGCCGCGGUGAGCGCAUCGUGAGCGAGCCUGCGUACAAGCGCAUCGUGGAGCUGCUCCUGCACCUCGACUUUGCGACGCUGGACAAGGCCGCAGGCAGCACGCGGCGGUGGGUCAGUGAGGUGGGCAUGGGCAGUGUCUGGGGCUACGACGUGACGGGCACAAUGGAAUUUUCUCCUGUGGCGGCAGCAGGGAAUGGAGAUGCGGCAGCGGCGGUAACGACUGUAAAUAAUUUGUCGGGCUUGGUCAAGCGCAAGAGGAGCACGACGGACUCGGCGGAGAGAGCGGCGGACGGCGGCGCGCCGAAUGUGCUUGGCGCAGGGCUGGUGAAGAAAAAGCCAAAGUCAAACGAGGUUGAGGAGGGGAGUGUCAAUGUUCUCUCAACGGGCUUGGUGCGCAAAAAGGAAAAGCCGUAA